CCAGACCGUGUGACCAAGACCAACUAACCCACGUGGGAGAAUCGCGCCUUCUGCUCUUUGUGCUUGGGGUAGGAAGGAUUUUCUUUUUUCUAAGUGGAGUUUGCUUUGGGGUAUAUUCUCGACGCUCCGGGCUUUAGGCGGUACUUUAAAGGCACCUGAAGACGAGAAGUGUUUCCACGGCCGAGGAGGUGGUCCCAAGGUUUUCUGUAUGAAGUUGAUAGGCUGGGGCUUGGGCCACUAUUCUGCUGCGUUGGGCUACAGAGGGCUUGGGCCGAGGGGCUUUGUUCUGGGCCAGAAGGAUGCCAAAGCGAGGGAAGAAGGAAUUAUCGGUGAAGGAUGGCAUCAAUGAGGAGGAGUCAGAGACUAACGAACCUGAACCUAAGAAGACUAAGAAGGGUGCAAAAGAGAAGGCCUCAACAGGAGAAGGAUCUGCCUUGUAUGAGGACCCCCCAGACAAGAAAACCUCACCAAGUGGCAAAUCUUCUACCCUCAAGAUUUGCUCUUGGAAUGUGGAUGGGCUCCGAGCCUGGAUCAAAAAAAAGGGUUUGGAUUGGGUAAAGGAAGAAGCCCCUGACAUCCUUUGCCUCCAAGAGACCAAAUGUUCAGAGAGCAAGUUGCCACCUGAGCUUCAGGAUCUGCCUGGUCUUACCUACCAGUACUGGUCCUCACCCAGUGAUAAAGAAGGAUACAGUGGCGUGGGUCUCCUUUCCCGCCAGUGCCCACUCAGUGUCACCUACGGCAUUGGUGAAGAGGAGCAUGAUCAGGAGGGUCGGGUAAUAGUGGCUGAGUUUGAGGCAUUUGUGCUGGUGACAGCCUAUGUGCCCAAUGCAGGACGGGGGCUGGUUCGUCUGGAAUACCGACAACGAUGGGAUGAAGCAUUUCGCAAGUUUUUGAAGGGGCUAAGUGCCAAAAAGCCACUUGUGCUCUGUGGAGACCUCAAUGUGGCCCAUGAAGAGAUUGACUUGCGCAAUCCCAAAGGGAACAAGAAAAAUGCUGGUUUUACUCCACAGGAAAGACAAGGUUUUGGGGAACUACUCCAGGCAGUGCCACUAACUGAUAGUUUCCGUCAUCUCUAUCCAGAGGCAGCUUAUGCUUAUACUUUUUGGACCUACAUGAUGAAUGCCCGAGCCAAGAAUGUUGGCUGGCGGCUUGACUACUUCUUAUUGUCCCAGGCCCUACUCCCUGCCCUGUGUGAUAGCAAGAUUCGGUCCAAAGCCCUAGGUAGUGACCAUUGUCCCAUCACCCUCUUGCUGGCAUUGUAAUUUGAUUUAAACUAGGUUCUUCAGCUCCCAGAAAUCCAAGACUGUUUCUUAAUUUUGAGAAUGCUAUCAUUGACUUUUUGAAACAUCCAAGAAUAAAGAACUGUAGAGGUCCA